UAAAGAGGGAUGAUGAUGAGCAGCAAAUCCUUGAAGAAGACCAAUUCAUGUACCUCAAAAUACAAGUCCCCUUCCAUGGACCAACCGUCUCCUCAUCAGGUGGAAUUCCCCACCUCCCCUCGGGCUCCCCAGCUGGGAGAAGAAAUCUUCCAUUUCGCCCACCCGCAGCACCCCAUCUCCCAAACUAACCUUCCUGACCUCUUCACCUGCUCGGCCUGUAAGGAGUACGGCGCAGGCAAGCGCUUCACAUGCUCCGAUUGUGACUAUCAGCUUCAUGACUUCUGCGCCUUAGCUCCUCCAGCUCUUAAGAGGCAUCCCAUCCAUCCCGUACACAAGAUCAUUUUCUUUCCAAAACCUGUUAAAAGCGGAAUAUUAAAAUCGAGGUGCGAUGUCUGCGCCAAAACCACCAAAGGAUGCGUUUUCAAAUGCACUGUCUGCAGUUUCCAGAUGCACCCAUGCUGUGCAAUGUUGUCCACCGAAAUCAACAUCUCAGUCCACCCACACACUCUAAGGCUCUUGCCCGUGUCCCAGUACUCUUCCAACGGGGACCCUGGCUUCGUCUGCGGCGAGUGCAACAGGCGGAGAUCGGGGAGGGUGUACCAUUGCACCGUCUGCAAUUAUCAUCUCCAUGCAGUUUGCGCUAAGAACAUGGUGAAUGGACUUCAAGCCAAUGGCAUCAAAGGCACGGAGAAGCCCAGCAUGCUAGGGGCUGCAGCUAAGGUCGCUUCUAGAGUGAUGAUUGAUUUCAUCGGAGGGCUGAUUGAAGGGAUUGGAGAAGGUGUUGGGCAGGUGCUCAUUCAAUCUGCUGUUAGAGGAAGGUGCCACACUAGAUCAGCUAGAACUACAUAAAAGCAUUUCUUCUUAAGCUAUUAAUUAAUUAACUUUGCUUUCACAACUAUAGCUUGAUCUUUGCUGUGAUUUGUUGUUUGGAGUAUUUGGAUGAUCUAUCUUUCAUGUUUUGUUUGUUUAACAGUUGAUGGGAGCCCUAGGGUAUAGGUUGAAGAUGGGGAAGUGUUGCAGCAAUCGGUAUACAUAGAUCUCUCAUUGAUUCUGUGAAGAAUUAUUACAAUUAAUUUCCAGUAUGGUUUUCUGUAAAUAAUUUUCUAUAUCCAAUAUAAUUAAGAAAUUAAUUGUU